AUGGAGUUCACAUUCUACUACUAUACACCAUCCGGUGCCGCUGGCGGCAUCUUCGUCGCAUUAUUCGCCAUCAGCACCCUGCUCCAUCUCUAUCAGCUACUCCGCACACGGACAUGGUUCAUGAUCCCCUUUGCCAUUGGCGGAAUCCUCGAAACGAUUGGCUAUGUCGGCCGUGUACUGUCAACAAACGAAGCUCCCAACUACACCAAGGGCCCCUAUAUUAUGCAGAGCGCCCUCAUCCUGAUCGCACCAGCCUUUCUCGCCGCGAGUAUCUACAUGACCCUGGGCCGCAUCAUUACCAUGCUUCAGGCAGAGCAAUACUCGGUCAUUCCCCUUCGCUGGCUGACGAAGAUAUUCGUGGCGGGUGAUGUGCUGUCCUUCUUGAUGCAAGCCUCUGGUGCCGGUCUUAUGGUCUCGGCAAAUGAUCCCAGCACCGGAGAACAUGUUAUUAUCGGUGGUUUAUUCGUGCAAAUUAUCUUCUUCGGCUUUUUCGUGAUCACCGCUAUCGUCUUUGAGCUGCGUAUGGCAAAGAAACACAUUGGCGCAUCUCCCGAGGCAGGCCGUAUCUGGCGUCGACACAUGGUUGCACUCUACGUGACCAGUGUUCUGAUCUUGGUGCGGUCGGUGGUUCGUGUCGUGGAGUAUCUGGAUGGCUACGACGGCUUCCUCAUGAAACAUGAAGUCUUCAUCUACGUCUUCGAUGCUCUGCUGAUGUUUCUUGCUAUGGCCGUCCUCAACUACAUCCACCCCAGUCAAGUCAACUGCCUUUUGGACCGGGGUGAGCACUAUUUUGAGAACUUCGUCGUGACUCGGAAAUAUGGGACUAGUGCCACGCAUGAAAUGGAGGUCAAUAGCCAGGUUUAG